GGCUUUGGAAACUACGAUAGCCAACCUUGUUUUCAAUGUUUUGUGACAUGUAAUUGUAGAUGUAGAAAUUGCUGUUUUUAAGGUGUUUGUUUGCAGACGAGCCAUGUGAAUGUUCCAGACAUGGAGUCAUCGCUUCUUGCAUGUCCCAUUUGUACUCAGCCGGGCUUCAUUAACGUCGAUUCUUUGUGUCAUGGUCUUUUAUAUGCUUCGACGAGAGAGUUCCUCUGCCCUGUCUGCAAUGAUGUUUUGAGAGGGCUCGAUAAAUUUACAAUACAUCUAUUUAGCCAUUCCAUACUUCGUGGGCAACAUAUAAAAGGAGUUCAGUCAUCUGCCUCAACAGAAGAGCAAUCUGUAUUAUCAUCAUCCAAAGUCGCUGGGCCUUUAUCCUUAAAUUUAAAGAAACCAUUAAUCAUUUGCGAUUCAUUUGCCGACUUUCGUGUAUCUUCACCAGUUCACGAAGAUAGCAGACAGCACAAAGAGGAAGAGAGUUCACGGACCACAUGUAAUAUACACAAUUUGACAUUUGAACACGGUGACUGUGUUCGUGAAGUGUGUACAGCCGUCGACGAUAGUAGGAGUGCUGUUGAUGAUGCAGAAGUUGGGAGUACGUCUGAAAACACGCAAGAAGGAAGCAGUUGUGCGAUAAUCAGAAAUAACGAAGCGAGUAUUAAAGAGUUGAGAGAGUCAGAAACGUCUCCGACGGUCACUCAAAGCUUCCAGCAAAAUAUUUACAACUUGCUACCCUCAGAAGGUAAAAGAGUGUGUGCUGACGAAAUUGCGAUACCGAUAACCAAAGUAACUGACAACGAGUCCACCACAGAGAAACGCCCGUCCAACGGAAUAGCGAAUCAAUUUGGAUCUUCAGGACACUGUACUAAUAGCUCUGCAGUUUGCGAGAUUUGUCAGUUCUCAUUUACUGAAGAUACCAUUCUGGAAAUGCAUAAGCAAUUGAUUCAUUCAGAUCUGAGCCCCAGAAGCAGUGAUUCAGUUUUAGAAUCUGAUAAUGCAGACGUUGGCGAUAUGAAAAACUAUCCUUGCCUUCUGUGUCCUAAAUCAUUCAGAAUGAAAGGGAGUCUAAUGGUGCAUGUUCGGGUAGCUCACAAUGGUUUCCCAGCAGGAAGACUGGAGUCAUUCAGUCAGCGUGAGCAACGUGCCAAAGAUGAUCGAAGUUACACUUGCAGUACAUGUGACAAAUCUUUUAAGAAGGAAAAUCAUCUGACACAGCAUAUGAAGACACAUGAUGGAAAACAGUGGGCUUGUGAUGUAUGUAGCAAGCUAUUCACAACAAAAUAUUUUCUUAAAAAGCAUAAAAGACUUCAUACAGGUGAAAUGCCAUACAGAUGUGGUAUAUGUGAUAAAACAUUUACAUUCCAACAGUCAUAUCAUAAACAUUUGCUGUACCACAGUGAUGAGAAGCCACAUGUUUGUACUGAAUGUGACAGAGCCUUCAAGGAGCUUUCAACACUCCAUAACCAUCAGCGAAUACACACGGGAGAGAAGCCAUUUGCAUGUGAAACAUGUGGCAAAUGCUUCCGUCAGCGAGUCUCUUACUUAGUACACCGUCGUAUUCACACAGGUGUUAUGCCUUACAAAUGUACUGCAUGUGGAAAAAAUUUUCGAUACAAGGUCAGCCAGAGAACACACAAAUGUCCGUCCCAGCCACCAGGAACAGUAGUGAGGCAGUCAAGUGACUUGGUGCAGAAACUCCGACAAGCUGUUGAGGUCAAACCAUUGCAGGAAAAACACAUUGUCACAAAUGGUGUAUUGGCUGCAAAUGUUAAAGAAGGAUGCAGUGUAUUAGAAAAGCACCACACUUGGAGCAAAGAGACACAGCUGGUCAAGAAGCAACAAAAUAAUGACUAUAUCAUUCUGGCAAACAGUCACAUUCAGUCUGCAUUGUCGCAUGAUGUUAUGGUAGAUUCUUCUCCCAUACUUUGGAUAACGGGAGAAGUUGAAAAAUCACAGACAAAGGAUACAGGUCUAGAAUCUUUGCAUAUGCCACAGAUAGUUGGUUUAUGUGAUACAAAGCUACAACAGGUUCAGAAAGACUGUAAUGAUGAAACUGUUACAAGAAGUUAUCCAUUGAAAUAUAGUCCAGUUAAUAAAACUAUGGGUAAUGAUGAAAUUUUUUAUGAAGAAAUAUGCAAGGAUGAAAAAGAUACUAAUUUUGUAAAUCAAAGUAAGAUUGCUAACACUACUGCUACUAAAAUGUAUAGCACCAAGCUAAAAAACACACACAAUAUAUCCCAUAUUAAAGGAUGUCCUUCCUCUAAAUCAUCAGAUAUGUUAAAUAUAGUUAUGUCAUCUCAGUCACAAUCUGAAGCUUCCAAGAACCCAGGAGUAUUUCAUGAAAACAAUGAUCCAUUCACACUGAAUAUUCCAGUAGUAUUUAACACUAGUGCUGAAUCUGUGUAUCUUCCUAAUGAUAAACAAAAUAUUUUAACAAGCUGUAAGUCAGAAAAUCCUGAUUUAGGAAAUAAGUCAGGUGUGUAUAUUGGUAAUACUUGUGGUGCUGCAGUUUCACAGUCAAAAUUUACUCAAGAAAGUGAUUCAGGAACUCAUGAAGCAUCAAAAUGUAUGUCUCCUCCACAGCAAAUGUUAACUUUGAAUGAAGAAUCUCUUAAUCUGUUUUAUGACACAGAUAUAUAAAGUAUAGUGUCUUUUUAUUUGUUAUGAUAACUACAUGUUUUUAUCACUUACAUGUUCAGAAAUAUGUGUGACCGUGUUCUCUUGCAUUGUUUAGGAAUAAAGAGCAUUCAUAGCAAGUGCUAUUAAAUAUA